AUGACAUCGACCCAGUUUGUGUUUAGUGUCGAUAUGAACUGGCAUUCCAUAGUUUCGUUUUUCCGUGGCAAACACCAAUCGACAACAGCAUCAGCAUCCCCAUGGUUGUUAACAAUCAAUGGGUUAUUCCUCUCCACCAUUACGCUUGCUUCGUAUGGACUGUGUCGCGUCCUUGGCAUUAUUUGCUUCGGUUACAAUUGCAAUAGUGACAGGGUGGAAACUAAGCGACUGGCUGUAGCAUAUAGUGUCACUAUGCUGCUGAUAGCCGGAACAUACACGCCAAUUGCCUUGCAAAUUCUCUACGCCGACAUGGUGUUCCUGCGUCAAAAUGACCUUCUAACAUAUGUGGGCUACAUUCGCUAUGGCGUCAUGUUGACCUGUGCCCUGGCCACGCUGCUCAUGCAGGUGAUCUACAGGCACGCCAUUGUAGCCAGUGUCAAUCAGAUGUUGCAUUUGUGGAGUUUCCUCUUGGACAAGCCGAACAUCGUAAAUGGCUACGUUACAUGGAAGGUGGUGAGCAAAUGCUCGACGGCGCUGCUGCAAGUCCUUUGGAUCGUCUUCUUAAUUGAGAAGGAUAAUGCUAUGUCGAACCCGUGGUACCUGGCCACGCUCUUUUUCGUCCACUAUUGCCUGUUGGUCUUGCAGAUGACCUUGAACAUGCUGUAUUUCGGUGUUCUACUGAUAACAUUGCAAAUACAACAACUCAAUGCGAAGCUUAUCGGUCUGCUACUGCAACUGAGAUCACUGCCCCAUCACAGAGGUGGCCUAGGUUCGCGCUUCCGUAGCCAUCUGCUCCACCGUGUAGGCCAAUUGAUGCACACGCAUUUCACGUUGGUCAAACUGAGCAUAUCUUACGUGCGAUUAUAUGGCUUGCAGUUGCUAGGCUUCCUGAUGUCAGUGUUAAUGGAAUGCAUCACUCAGAUAUUCAUCAUGUACUUUGUACCAAUCGAGAUGUGGCGCCAGGAGCGCAAAGGCAAGCAAGUGGGGGCAAGACAACGUCCCCUCCCCAUCAACCCCUACGCUGUACUGUAUGUUUUGGGACUGUUGUGGGACAUGUUCCUUGUCGUCGUGAUGUUGGACAACAUGCGUCUGCAAUUCUUGCAUACCCGUCAUCUGUACACAUCCAGCAUUUGGCUGAAAGCACUGACAUCUUCGGCGAACCUUCGUUUGGAGGGCUGUGUAAGUUAA